GAGUGGGUUUAGCGUUGUGACUGAGGCAUCAAUCAUAAUGAACCAGGAAGCAGUAUGCAUGAAAAUAUUUCUAAUUUAGAGGAAGGAAAUUUGAGGAAGCAAAUCGGAUGAUACUAUAUACAUGCAUGGAGAUAAGAAGAUCACUUUACUCGGCUUGCUCGUAAAUGGACAUUUUGGUCUUUAGUUGAUGGUUACAAGUGGUUUCUUUGUGUAGAGCGAUGGACAUAAACAUGUUUGGAACAUUUCUAUACUGGUUUAUCUUCUUGCAAGUGACACUCAUAGGACAAUUGACAUGCGCAAACAUUCUGGAUGUGACAUGCAUCAACUUCAACCCCAUCUACGAUACCAGCUCCUCGGCAUCCUACGCCGCCAUCUUGAAUGGAGCUGAUGUCACAAGCAUGGUGUCCUUCCAGAGGUCGGUGGACUUGGAUACGGGGGACAGGCAGUCAACCUGGUGUUCGAUGGAUGAUGAUGCAGGAACAUGCGGGUUGCCUCAAGGAUCGAUGAUCGACUCAUCGGGAAGAGUUACUUUCCAAAAUACAGAUCAAGAUAAAUUUGGUGCUUACGGAUGCCGAGCGGAGAGAUACAACUGGACAACUGAGACGUCCACUAUAUUCAUCAGAAAUGAUGCUCAUUUCACUCCUGGUUACUUCACGGUGACAGUAAGUCUCGAUGAAGAGGUUCGUCUGUCAAUGAAUACUAGCUCAUCAAGUGGAACUAGUGGUUCACUCGUGUGGAUAUUAAAUCACGAAGAUGGUAGGCAAACUGACUUGUCUACUAAUGUUUCUGGGGAUGCCCUCUACGUCAGCAAGGCUAAGAAAGCGGAACAUGCUGGUGUUCACCAUUACUACUAUUCUGACGAUCCAGAUAGAGGAGGACUAGUGAAGCUUAUUGUUAGAGCUUGUCUGGAUAACCUCUGGGGACCUGGCUGCCAGUACACAUGCUCUGCUUGCUACAAUGGAGGAGUCUGUGAUGAUGUGAGUGGACGCUGUGUGUGUCCACCUGGUUUCAGUGGUGACCACUGCCAAAUUGCAUGUGAAGCCGGUAAGUUUGGACAGGGAUGUUCUGGAUCUUGCACUACCCUUGAAUCUGGUCGGACUGACUGCAGUGGAGCUGUGUUCUGUCUCCCGGAUCCGUAUGGAUGUUCGUGUGCUGCAGGAUGGACAGGGUUACAAUGUGACCAAGCAUGUCCUGAUAGUUCGUACGGCGCAGGAUGCACUGAGACAUGUCACUGCGUCUCUACAGGAACAUGUGACCCUCUUACGGGGGCCUGUUCUGAUGGUUGCGAAGAUGGCUGGAUUGGAGAUCAAUGCCAAGUGACUGUUUUGGACAUCAUAGCUAUGUUAAGAGGAGGUGUCUAUGAUGCCACGGCUACCAAUAAUUUCCUCGGUAUAUUCAUGAUUGGGGAUAGUAUUGUAACCGGAGAUCUUUCCUUGACGUAUUCCAUCGGACGAGAAGUGGACACGGGACCAGGAGAGACUGGUCACGGAGCUUACUUUAAGGUUGAUGGCUUAGUGAAAACAGAAGCAUGGGAAGACACAGGGCUGCCUCCCGGAACACAGUUUACUAGAUCUACAACUAGCGCUCAACACUCAUUAAGAGCUGGAAUUGAUAAAACAAAUGGCGGAGCUGCACGUGUCGGUGCAUACCGAAUGUCCGUCGAUUACAAGGGAUGGACCGAGCGAAAUGUCUUGCUGAAUGAGUACCGCGGUGAAUCUAAUUCAGAGGUUUGGCCUGAGAAAUUAUCAAUUACGGUAGGGAUUGGCGAGACCGUCACUCUCGGCGUCUCAACGACACAAUCUGUAGACACUUCAUCUUUGAGAUGGCGAUUCAACGGAGGAAGUGAAAUCACCGAAUGGAAUGGAAUGACAUCAGUUACCAUCUAUGACGUCAGGAAGUCUGAUGAAGGAAUCUACGAGUGCUACGUCGAGGGUAACAGAGAGACAGGAAAACAUGCUAUUCUUAAACUCAUCGUAAGAAGUUGCCCAUCUUUCAAGUACGGUCUUGAUUGCUCCCUGAACUGUCCCGUGUGUUACGCUGGUGGGGCCAUUAAGGACUGGAAGCACUACCGCAAACAUCUCCUCUAG